AGGAUAUUAUAUUUUCUCUUGAGUUCUAUUGAUUUAACUUAAAUUGAAGGUUAAGAACUUGAAACUGUGCAGGGCAGCGUUACACCUCUCAUUGUACAGUCUGGCAGAAAUUAGACGAGGAAGAAGGUGAAGGUUGAUAUAAAGCAGUAAUGCAGCAGAUGGACGAUAAUAAUGUCAACGACGUUAGUCGACUUCCCUCCACUGUGGUGUCAGAUUAUCCAAGGUCUGGCAUCAUCGAACGUCUGAAAGAGAAAAACUGCAAAAAACAUACAGAAGCUCUGAAACAGCUGGGAGUGGAACUGGCAGAACUUGCCAAUGAGUGUGAAACUCAGAUCAGGGCCAUCAGUGAGGAGCUUCUAUCCUUCCUGCGGGAGGUGGACCUCAGGUUGGACACACUGACGGACAAAAUGGAACAGCCGGAUGAUGUCACUCUACCGGAAAUGCAUGAUCUCUGGGAACAGGUGAAAAGGGACAUUAAGCUGAAGAAGGUGCAAGUUGUGGAGACAAACCAUAAACUGAGCUACUGUGAGACGCAGCGGACCAACAAGGUGCGAGCUGUGCUCAGGAAAUACUGCCACCUGCUGGAGAAGAACAGCUUCUUGCUCCCACCAGACAUCCACAGAGUGAUCCACAGCGAGGCCAUGAUGUUGAAUCAGUCUCUGCUGGCAAACCGUCGCAGCCUGGCCCGUCUGCUGCUCCUCCUCCAGGAGGGAAUCCUGCAACAGGAGUCACAUUCCCACCUGCACUGGCUGAACAGUCUGUGCUGCUGGAAGAGGUGUAGGAUCACUAAGAUCAUAAACAACUACAGGAGUCUCUGCAACAGUGGCGAGGAUCUGCAGUUGAUUCCUACCUCAUUUCAGCAGAGCAGUCAGUCCCAGCAAGAUCUGACAGAACAACGUUGUGACCUAAUCUCCAGAAUGUGCUCUCUGGUCCAGCCCACCUGCUCCAUCGCUCUAGUCACUGAUUGGUUCAACCAACUGACGGCAAUCAAUCAACAAAUUGAGAGUUUCUAUGCCGAUGUCCUCUAUCAGCUCCGAUGCUGUUAUGAGCAGACGUGGCAGCAGCGUCUGACUGAGGUGGAGCACUGUAAGGUGGAGCUCUCCGCUCUGCAGCUGUCAGAGGUGGAGGUGAACGAUGUCAUCAGGUCGCAGCUCCUCCCAUUAAUUGGACAAAUCCAGACUCAGGAUGAGGAGAAGCUGGCUGCUUUAGACAUGUGCUGUGACUCUGUGGUGCAUCAUGCGCUCACUCUCAGCAGGUGUGCAUUUGACGUGAUGCGAGGAGCAGCGCUGCUGUGGGAGAUGCACAACCGCAGGAUGGAGAGAAGAGAAGAUGAAGUACAGCAGCAGCUGAACAACCUGCGACGCUCACAGCUGAGACACUUGAAGGGUAAGAAGAUGCAGCUGGAUUAUCUGCUGGCAAAACUCCGCCAGGAGAGCAACGAGAGUACUUUGAAAAAGUCCCUGGAGAGAGCUGUCCUCUACCUGCAGGAAAUGAAAGACGGCUGCGUAGAGUGUGUGUCUGAUCAGUGUGAGGUGUUGGAAAGUCUCCAGGCUCUCCAUCUGAGCGAGCUUCUCUCCUACAGCAGCAGUCUUAGCUGCUUUUUCCACCUAAAACACAUCUACAAACCGGGGCACAGCGAAUUGCAGCAGUUUGACCUAAAAUCUGCCAAGUUCACUGGCCUGGCUAAAACACAGACACCAGAGGAGGUGACAGACAUGUACUCAAACAGCUGUCAAAAUUAUGUUGACUCCACCCAGCCCUUUCAGAACUGGCUAGCAGAGGCAGAGUCUUCUCUGUUAGAUCUCUAUGACAUCGGCAGGACCAUUAGGUUUAUAUCAUCCAGUGGAGUGAUGUACACUGGCCCUGCUUUCAAAUGCCCCACCAUCAACCUGCACGACGACCCACAGCAGGAAGCACAACUUAGUUUAUUUCCUGUGGAACUGCUCACUCAAACACUGAACAGGACUCGGACUUUGUUCUUGGACAAACUGGAGCGGCAUUUCCAUGAUGUCCUCAGCUUAACCCUGACCAUGGUAACAGAGAGGAAGGAGGCAGUGUGUUGGGACCUGGAGCUCCAACUGCAGCUGCUAAACCCCCAACACAUCCAGACCGAUGUUUAUCAACCCCGCCUGACUGAGCUGCACCUACAUUGCCAUUGUUUGGACGUUCAUCAUGGGGUGGUGCACGAUGCGGUGACCUUGUGCAGAACAGAGCUGCGAGAGCUGCAGACCUCCAUCAGCAGGAAGAACGACAAGUUCAUCGUAGUGCUCACCAAAAUGAUGGAUAACAUCAUGGUUGCCAACAGCAGCCAACAACUGACGGCUACCAGCUCCAGCCUGCAGGAGUGUCUGAAUCAACACAUCAGAUACACUCAGUGUCGUCAGACUGCUUUCAGAAAGACGUUCCACACCAGGCUGAAGGACGUCAGGAACAAAACAGCAGGACUUCUGAGCUCCUUCGGGUUGUUUAAUGAAGGAGGAGAGUUUGCUCCUCAGGAGCUGAAGGUGUGUCAGAGGAGACUGAAGGAGAAUACCAAACGCAUUAAAGUCACAGAGCAGUCCAUCUUCUCUGAGCUGGAGGCGUUUGAGUGCAAGUGUUUACAGCAGGUAAAGACACUGUCAGAUCAGGUCGAGAAGACACUUUCUCUGCGGACAUCUGAGGUGAUAUUCAGUGAGGGGAUUGAGAAAAUUGUCAGCAGCACACGAAUACAGAUCAAAGCUGAGGCUGCCGGUAGUAACCAGCAUCAGUCAGUCAUCAGCAGCAAGUUGGAGGAUUUGAGGAGGACAUUGGAGGACACACAUGUGUCCCUAGAUGAGGUGAGUUGUCUUGUGUAUUCAGUUGGUGAAGACCUGAGAAGGCGCUAUCAUUACCUGGACUUUGAACAGGAGGACCUGCCAAAGUCCACAAAUCACACCCAGUCUACUCCACCUCCUGCUCAACUGCAGCCCAGCAGCCCAAGUACUAAUGUCCUCAAUGACUCUGUGGUGGACAUCAUCAAGUUCCUGAACACGUUUCCUUUGUCCCAGGAGAGGUCAACAGCCACUGAGGACAGAGACAGGGCAUGUCCUCCACAGAGAUGCACUGAGUCUGUCGGUGCACGGAGGGCCAUCAGAACUGACCGAAAGUUCCAAAUCUUUGGACCAGAACCAGAGCAGGACCCUCAGUGUUUUAUGUCCACAGUGAACUCUGUCCUGUGGAAAACCAAUGACAUCACCCUGCAAAGUGCUGAGGGCUUUUACCAGUGCGAGCGUCACGGGAUGUUCCAGCUGCUUCCGGACACUUUGGACCUGUGGGCUGAGAGCAUGCAGCAAAGGCUGCUGGGAUACCAGGACCAGUCCAUGAAGCUUCUGGAGGCAAGCAGGGAAUUCCUGGUGACGCAACAGUCUGUGUUCAAUGACCUGCUACAUUUCUUACUCAUAGUUCUAAUCAGACAACAUGGGCAACGUCGAGAGGGGGAGUUUAUAGAGAUGGUGCAUGGAGUCAGGAAGAAGCUGGAGGAACAUCUGGGAUCCAGUGAGAAAAACAAGGAGGUGAAUGUCCAGCAACUGCGUUUGUCUCUGAGAAAGGAAGAGCUGCAGUUGGUGGUGAGCAGGGAGGAGGCAAGGCAGCAGCAGCUGCACAGCGCCAUCUGCUGCUCACAUGUGGAACUAGAGGACUGUGUGCAGGCCUGUGGUGAGGAGUUUGUGACGUCACUGGCUGUCCUAGCAGAGAAGUUGCUCUCUCUGCUGGAUGAUGUUCUCACACCUGUAAAACAGCAGGAAUCAGAAAGCAUUGUUACUAUGGAGAGGACACCUACACUAGAGCAGGAACAAGGAGAAACAGAGAGCAAUACCUGGCCUGGUAUCCCGUACCUGUCACCCCCUAGCAGCUGUGAACUUGCAACGACAGCAUCCAUCACUACAACCAGGAGCUCCAUGGAUCACGUGACUGUCAUAGAGCAGAGAGACAACGCUGUGAGAUGGUUUGAACAGCUGCUCACGUCAGAGCUGCUGUGUUCGGAUGUGGCCAAACAAAAACGACUGAAGGAAAUAGAGCUGUGGACCAAACAUUGGAGAGAGCAAAUGCAGACACUGAUACACAUCAACACACAGACACACACGUCAACGUGUUGACAACUAUGUUACUUUUGUACCAUAGAUAUUUGGGAUGGGAAUCGGUAUUUAUUUAUUUAUAUGUUUAUUUCGGUCAUGUCAGUUAGAUCACUCAUCAUCACACAUCAUCUUAAGUGUAGUUCACACAAUACACAUAACUGAAAGGGAAAGCGGGAGAAGCAAAAGCUUAUCUAGUCCCGCGCCCAUUACCCACAGAAUACAUAUUUUCAUCAUACAAUACAUAAUUUUUCUAUUUCUUAUGACAUUUUAACAAAAACAUGUUUCAGCAUUAGGUAGCACUCAGAGAUGCAGUCUAGAACAUACCACAUCCCAAGGAGAGCAUUCCAAUUGUCAUGAAUGUGAAUAUACACAUCCUCGACAUCCUCGACAUCCUCCAUAUCCAGUGCAGAGGACGACUUUCCACUUAUCCCAUCCGUCUCGAAUGUAGCCAGCCAUGAAGUCCCAUCUGGGCAACUAGGUUCACCAGAACCUGCACUUCUUGUUGAGGUAUCGGUCAGUAUCGGUAUCAGAUACUGCUCAAAAUCCCUGGAUCGGAUACCGGACGGAUACAAAUGUCCAUACAAUCUAAAAAUCCUAUAUAAAUCGCAUGCUUCACUUCACGUCACUUCAAAAAUUGAAAUAAAAAUCAGCAGAAGCAUUUUAGCUGAGUCAUGUUUGGGCUUUUUGUUAACAAUAAGUAGAUACAUUAUCCCAUCCUGACUGACCCUUCAAAUGUUUUUUCCACUGCUUUAUGAAAUAAAUAUGUAAGAAUAUCCUGGAUCCUUUAUUUAAAAUGAGCGAUGAAAUUCUUUGGUUUCAAAUGGCUGGUUUUGCUAAAUAUACAGAAGUUUAAAAGGAUUAUUCCACCCAAAUACUGGUUAGGAUUAGCUGGUGUUUCUGACAAUACUACAAUAAUAUUAGCUGUUGCACAGAAUGUAAUUCAAAUCUGAACAAGGCUGCUUCAGAAAGCUUAAAGUUACCAGGUCUAUACAGUGUCUAUGUUCCUUCCUGAGGUAAACAAAAAUGAUAACUUGUCAGAAAAUCUUCAAAACAAAAGAUCAAAUGACAUAAAUGUCAUCGACAUGGCGUGAAGAAGUGAAUUACAGCGCUUCUCUCAGUCUUCUCUGUUGUCUGGAUGAAAACCUGUUUCUCUUGAGCCUGUCGUUAUCAUGAUUGUCUUCAUCACCAUCAAUGGCCCUCACUGAGGGAAGCAGAGGCACCUACAAGUUGUUUGAUACAAAAUUGAGGAGACUCUGGAGAACUGGUGUUUUGACAAGACAGUCUUAUACAGUCGAGGUAGGCUGACAUCAUCAUCAUUGCCUGGUCUGUUCCAUUCACUGUGGUGCAGUUACAACCACAUGGUCAUUAACUGCACCACAGUUAGAUUAUUGGCAUCUUCACGUAGAUUAAAAUGAGUUUACGUAUGACUUUUAAAUGAUCAAAUAUGAGAAAGUAAGAAAUUGAAGGCACCUACUGACAAAAACAGCCAAAUGAUGUACAGUAUGAACUGCAUGUUGUGUGUGUGUGUGUUUUAUACACAGGGACUUACAUGCUGAAAAGCCCGGAUGGGAAACCCUGCAUCAAAGUCACAAUGGGAGCAGAGUUCAUCAUCACUGAAAAGGUUUAAACACUGCGACUCAUCUGUUGAUGAGACGACCUGGUAUUUCAGUGUGGACCCUUCCAGAAUCAGCACCAGUGGUCACUGUGGCAACGAAACAGCUGUUCUCUCUCUCAAUCUGACUGACAACGCUGGCAAACUGCAGCUCACCUUCAGAAAGGUAAC